GGAGCGCGCCGGCCGGUCGGCCCCGUCCGCGGCGCCCGAGCCGGACGGCUGCCCCGUGUGCGUGUGGCGGCAGCACAGCCGCGAGCUGCGCCUGGAGAGCAUCAAGUCGCAGAUCCUAAGCAAACUGCGGCUCAAGGAGGCGCCCAACAUCAGCCGCGAGGUGGUGAAACAGCUGCUGCCCAAGGCGCCCCCGCUGCAGCAGAUCCUGGACCUGCACGACUUUCAAGGCGACGCGCUGCAGCCCGAGGACUUCCUGGAGGAGGACGAGUACCACGCCACCACCGAGACCGUCAUCAGCAUGGCCCAGGAGACGGACCCCGCAGUGCAGACAGAUGGCAGCCCUCUCUGUUGCCAUUUCCACUUCAGCCCCAAGGUGAUGUUCACAAAGGUACUGAAGGCCCAGCUGUGGGUGUACCUUCGGCCCGUGCCCCGCCCAGCCACGGUCUACCUGCAGAUCUUGCGACUGAAACCCCUAACUGGGGAAGGGACUGCAGGGGGAGGGGGUGGAGGCCGGCGUCACAUCCGUAUUCGUUCACUCAAGAUUGAGCUGCACUCGCGCUCCGGCCACUGGCAGAGCAUCGACUUCAAGCAAGUGCUACACAGCUGGUUCCGCCAGCCACAGACCAACUGGGGCAUCGAGAUCAACGCCUUUGAUCCCAGUGGCACAGACCUGGCUGUCACCUCCCUGGGGCCAGGAGCUGAGGGGCUGCAUCCUUUCAUGGAGCUUCGAGUCCUAGAGAACACAAAACGGUCCCGGCGGAACCUGGGCCUGGAUUGUGAUGAGCACUCUAGCGAGUCCCGCUGCUGCCGAUAUCCCCUCACAGUGGACUUUGAGGCUUUCGGCUGGGACUGGAUCAUCGCACCUAAACGCUACAAGGCCAACUACUGCUCCGGCCAAUGCGAGUACAUGUUCAUGCAAAAGUAUCCACACACCCACUUGGUGCAACAGGCCAACCCAAGAGGCUCUGCUGGGCCCUGCUGCACCCCUACCAAGAUGUCCCCAAUCAACAUGCUCUACUUCAAUGACAAGCAGCAGAUUAUCUACGGCAAGAUCCCUGGCAUGGUGGUGGAUCGCUGUGGCUGCUCCUAAGGUGGGAGACAGUGGAUGCCUUCCCCCACAGACCCUACCCUGAGAUUCCCCCAGCCCUCUCCGUCCCCCAAGCCCUAGAGCUCCCUCCACCUCUUCCCAUGAACAUCACACCUUGUUCCCUGACCAAGCAGUGUGCAAUACAACUGAGGGAGGCAGGUGGGGACUGAAGGGUGAAGGGUUACGAGAAAGGGAAAGAGGGGCACGGUCAGGGUGGAGUGUUUGAGGUUUGUAGGCAAGAAGGUUUGGCAAGAAGACAGAGAGAUGUAGAGACAAGAGGGAUUGAGACAGAUGAACAAACAGAGCAGCAUUGAGAAGGCAAAGGAAUAGAGAGGCAGAAGAGACAGACUAGGCAGAGACAAACAGAGAGAGACUGAGAUGGAGUAAUAAAUGAAAGCCCCACACCAAGCCUCCUUUCUUCCACUGGCAAGGUGAGGGGCUUGGUAGUUUGGGGAGAUCCCCUGACUACUCAGUAGAAGAGGAAAUCUAUCCAUUCUUAGCUUCUUUCCUCUCUUCCUCCAACCAUGGAAGGGAAGGGAAGUGAGAGCAGGGGCAAAAGGAUUUGGGAAUUUUAUUUAUUUAUUUAUUGUGACUUUUCAUUUUUUGGUAUUUGGCUUUACUGGAAUAGGAGGGCCCCUGCCCACUAUGCCCCAUUUGUCCUUUAUUCCCUAAACCCUGCUCUUCCCCAAUGCCCACCCACUUAAGCACUUGUACAAAGCCUCCAGGGUUGGGAAUGGGAGUAAAGGGCAAGAGGACUGACAUAUUUAAGUUUCUAACUCAUAAGUUCCCUAACUAAUCUUGAGCCAAACUAAAUUGUCAUGGAAACAGUAAAAGGUUAGGGUUUAAGAGCUGGAGAAAGGGAGAGUCCUCAACAUCUAGGAUCUAUAUGUGAGCUACUAACCCUCAGGCCAGCAUUCUUCAUAGUACUGAGUAUUUAGCCAGAAGGUCCAGCCUGCUUAAAUCCAAAUUCCCCUCAGCAGAGAGACCAAAGAGCCUGUGGAAUGUCCCUGCUCCCAGCCUCUAUCUUCAGGUCAAGA